CACCCAGAGAGGAUACAUCGAGGAACACAGGCUUGAGGACGGCUAAGAACUGGUCACCGGCGGCAGGUAGCACCUGCCCCCGGCGCCACGCUCCUAGAGCUGAUCGAUGCGCACCUCAUCCUUCUAAUGAUGGCUCACUGGUGCCUACUUAUCAUCAGAUACGCUGUACAUUUCUAUCUGUAUAAACGUGGCAAAAAUCAAAAGAACCAACAACCUAAAGUGGCAGAUGAGGGACAGGUGCAGAAACCCAAUGCGGUCUACCAGGCUGUCACCAACGCAGAUUUUCUCCUUGGUUUCUUCUCGGAGCUCGCUGCGGCCGUCAUCUCCUGGAGAGGUCAUUUUAUUCCUUGUUCCUGGUGUUAUAUUCCUGCCGUUCUGUUCACAUGUUUGAUGGCGUGCCGGAUUCCCUACUGCUUAGAGAGAUUAGACAAAAAUGUAAUCUCAUGUAUAACGUACAGCUGCAAUCUGAUCACACAGGUGUCUGAUUUCCUCCUCAUUCCGGCUUUCUGCUUCUAUAUAAUAUACGUGCUCAGCAAUAGCGGCCCCUGUGGACUGGGAGUGUGGGGCAGAGUGCGAUGGGGCCUCGUGGUUCUCAUCUAUGGACUCGUCUGGCUUAUGCUGUCUGGUAUCUCCUAUAAAUACAUCACAAGAAAAGAAGAGGGUAACCCUACAGUGGUGCCAGGAGAUCCUGAGAACGUAGAGCCUCGUCCAGUGGAAACCCCAUCUGAGAAUCCCAGAAGGCCACGAGAUGACUCUGACUGUGGGGGUCCUCUGGAUACUGAGGGGGAUCCACAAGAACGCUGCUCUAUGAUACCAGAAUCAAACGAGAUGUUCUACGACAGGGAUAGAGUUGCAAAUGGCUGAUGAACGUGUGCUAAGGUUUUUUCCAGGUCAGAUAUUAUUCCGUAACUGGGUAACACCUCCAUCCUCUGCCAAGUUUGAGGGAGAGGAGACUUCUGGUACCAGAAGAUCUCCACAUUUAGCGCUCAAACAAGAAGGUGAGACUAUGUAUGGUCACUAGUACACCUCAUACUUCUCUUUGGAAGCAGGUCUUAGGGUUACAUCUCUGUACCAUCUCCCCCUUCCUCAGGUACCUUUCUCUUCCAUCGAGGACACUGGAGUAAAGGAAUAUCUAGCUCAGACAAUAUGAGUAAGGCAGGUAGUGUGUCUUCCCAGGGAAUAAGAAGCAGAGGAAAAGUCUGUAUUUCAGCAGCACCAGGUGGAGGAGGAGUGGGCUGGACUCCAGAGCUGGGGCAGGAGUUCCAGACUCUGGGUCCAGUGCCUAACUGGUGGUGGAUACCAGUGUUCUCCUCAGAGGAGUGUGCUGGACCCUGGGCCUGGUAAGUCUCAUGAUCAGGCGUGCUCACAGCUUUGUACUCCUGGACUUUCAUCAUUGUUUAGAAUUGAGUAAAAUAUUGUACAAUUUCCAGUUACUCAACUCAGCAAAUAAGUAAAAGGCUGGAAGUUCAGUAUGGAACCCCUACAGGAGAGCCUCUCAUGGAUGGGUGUGCCUUUCAGGCCAUUACAGUUAAUGUUUUGCAGGUUCCUGAUCUUCAGCCAACUUUCCAGGACUCUUCCCUGUUACCAGCAGGACCAUUCACAUAAGGGUGAGUAGUUCUAUAAACACACAGGCUGAAUUAUCAAGGAAAGGAGCCACAUACAGCCAACCCAGGGGAUACAUACAUAGGACAGUGUCUGGAGUACUAGUUGAGUGUUCUUGAAUCUGGAUAGAACAGGAAAAUUAAAAGUCUGCCAGUUUGCUAAUAAGCCCCUGUACCAUAUCAGAAUCAUGCAUGGAACUUCUAGAGCUGCAGGAACAGGUGAGUUACCCUUAUUGCCUUGUAGACCAUUUGUGCAGGUUAUCCAGUAGCACAGCCAUGGUGUUAUCCCUGUGUACCCGAAUCUCCUGCACUAGGGGCGGUCAUAGCAUCUCUACUCAUAAUCCCUGGAACUGAGGGCGGGGGUACUGGAGACUACUGAUACAACAAACUAGAUAAGGCGAUAUCUGACCUUUCACAAACCAGGACACAGCCCAGGCCCAGCGACUUCUACUCAAACUGGAGGGUCUUCAAUAACUGUUGUAUCUUCAGGGAAGUGUCAGAAAGUCCAGUAAUUGUCCCAUCAGUCACAGGCUGGGGCCUCUGCAUGGAGGACUGGGUGAGGCCCGGCAGCGAGCAACUCAGAGCACUGUUUUCUGCCUUAGGUAGGGUUCACAGAUGGUUGCUUGGUGCUGUUGUGCAUAUAAUAACGUAGGGAGCCACCCAGUGCUGUAGCUGCUUGGCUGUCCGCUGCCAUGAUGGAGAAAGAGAAUUAUUACGUUAGGUGUGUCUCCUCUAUUUUAGUUACCGUCCAUGUUAUACGUGUGGAAGCGACUGGUGGCUCUGAAGACGCCUGGAGGAAGAGGCCCUAUGAUCUUUACGGGGGAAGUCUAUUUCUCUGUCCUUACUUGGCUGAAAAGUAUGAUUAACCCCUUAGUACCUGCUUCCAUAGAGUACGUUGAGGAAACAUGAAUAAGAGUGAUAAUUAGUCCCGCUUCCUCUUGGUUGUACAUGUCAUUAAAGUGGACAUUUACGAAGCUGUAAGAAAUCAUAGCAGCACUGGGUAAAACUGGCCGGUAUGGAAAUCCAUGUUACCCGUCCUGUACACCACGUGCCUGGUUCUGAAGGCCUGUGCACCGCGCCAAGACAGGAGGUAGCAAGUGAGUGACUGGGAAGGCGUUGUGUAAUCCCUGUGUAAUCACUGCACUGUUGGUGCUGAAUGGACCUUACAGGUAUGCAGUGAGUUUUGAGCACAGAGGACGUGAAACCCCCUGAUGUCACCUUGGAUGUUAUGGUGUAAUGUAAUCGGGGUACUCCAGUCACUUGCUGCAGGUGAAUAUAGAGAUCACCAGGAAUGUUCCGUGCAAUGAUUGGUGCUUUGGGGAUGCAUCAGGAUGAGACAUGACACAUUGCGCACUGACGCUGCUUAUUGAUUAGCGCAAGACACUAUGGCCAUAGAUCUACUGAUACACUAAUCCAUGGCCAUUGGCUGUAUAUAGGUAUAUCACGGUGUCUGCUGUAUGACUGUGCAUCACUGUUACUGCUAUUGUGCUGUCCCUGGCGCUGCUAUCACCGCCUCAUUCCCAGGCACGGCGUAAUAGUGUCACAUGGUGGCAAAGAUGUGUCAUUACACUUAAUGGAUUUAUAAGUUGUUAUGCGCAUAUAAAAGCGUUUCCAUGGAAAUCAGUGAGUUGUAUCUCACUUAUCUCUUUGUAAAUGACACCGAAUGCACCGUAUCAGGGGGAAUCUGGGCCAGUUCAUGUUACCCUUUAUCAUUUUAUGUCCAGUUAUUUAUAGAUCCUCUACCCUCCUUUCUAGUUAGCGCAAGAGAGAGUGAUGGCGUCAUUAUAUGAUUAUAUCAGGGGACGUGAUGGGAGGAAACAUUCACCCUUCAUAAAAGUCCACUGGUUAUUACUUUAUUUAUCCUCUGAAUUUUCUGCUUAUUUUUUAAAAGUUUUUUUGGAAAAUAGGAUGAAAAUCCAGAGGGCGUGACCUGUAAAAAACCGAGCUAUGGUACAUUGGUAGGAACUGCAAGGCUGGGGAAAUGAGAAACACUGCUGCAUCCAUGUUUUGGCAUAUGAUCAUCUAUUUACCUGGGAUGUAGCGUCACCAUCCACACCCCCAUAGACGUGCCCUGGAGAGGGGCAUCCACAAUACUGCUGUCUACUGCAAAAAGGCCAAAGGUAGCAGUACAAAAGAGAUGCACUUAGGGUCAUGGGUGGAUUCUGGGGACCCAGUGGUUUGGGGAAUGCUGAAACUCAGAUUAUUAGGACAUUUUAUUGUAACAAUACUAAAUUGUCAGUUUUGGCUGGAGUUCCUCACAAAGCUUUUAUUAUGUAUAGACACUGAUGUCACAGACAGGUUCAUUCAGUGAUAUGAAGAGUUAUUGUUACAUGCCUUUAUUAUUUCAGUCAUACUGUAAUCAUUUACCAUAUCCACCAUACUGUAAUGAUUUAUUAAGUCGAACACACUGCAGUGGGUUUUAGUUGUGCUCAGACAAUAUAGCUACAGUAUAUACUUUACGUAAAAUAGAUGUGAUCAUUAUGUGAUUUUAUUAGGGUACAGCUUCACCCAGCACAUGGAUUCUGCGAAUGUUAUUUGCUUAUA